GCUGUCGAGACGCUGCUGGUUCUCUUCUCUCGCUUGCUCCUGUGCUCUCUCGCUAUGACGGCUGCGACGGCGGCAGGAGCAGCCGCCGCGGCCGCCGCCGUCUCCCUGGUAACCUGCUUUCUCCUCUUCCACAAUAGUAACCUCAAGUUCCCGUGGGCUCGAACAGCUAGGCCCUCCUGCGCGAGCGGCCGGCGGACUCGACGGAGGGGUCUCGUGGAGGCCAUCGGCAACACGCCCCUCAUCCGCAUCAACAGCCUCUCCGAUGCCACAGGGUGCGAGAUUUUGGGGAAGGCCGAGUUCCUGAACCCGGGAGGCAGCGUGAAGGACCGCGUUGCGGUUAAGAUCAUCGAGGAGGCUUUAGAAUCUGGAGAUCUCAUCUGUGGUGGUACUGUAACAGAGGGGAGUGCUGGAAGCACAGCUAUUAGCUUGGCUACUGUUGCUCCUGCUUAUGGCUGUAGGUGUAAUGUUGUUAUUCCUGAUGAUGCUGCCAUUGAGAAGUCUCAAAUAAUUGAGGCGCUUGGAGCUACAGUUGAACGAGUGCGCCCUGUUUCAAUCACUCACAGAGACCAUUUUGUCAAUAUUGCCAGAAGAAGGGCAUUGGAAGCAAACAAAUUAGCAGCAGAGCAGAGAGAAUCAAAUGAGACACGAACUAAUGGUUUAGCACAUGUCAAUUCUAAGAUGACGGAUGACAAGUUGGCAGCUAUGCAGAAUGCGUUGAAAAAGACACAAAAUAACGAUCCAGCACAUGUCAGUACGGAAAUGGCACACAGCAGUAAAUGUGAUCCGAGUUCUGAUUCAAAAGGAGGUUUCUUUGCUGACCAGUUUGAGAAUAUGGCAAAUUACCAAGCACAUUAUGAAUGGACUGGUCCUGAGAUAUGGGAACAAACUAAAGGAUCCCUGCACGCCUUUGUUGCCGCAGCUGGUACUGGUGGUACAAUUGCUGGAGUCUCACGAUAUCUUAAGGAAAAGAACAGGAGCAUCAAAUGCUUUUUAAUGGACCCGCCCGGAUCUGGUCUGUUCAAUAAGGUUACUAGAGGGGUAAUGUACACAAAAGAGGAGGCUGAGGGAAAAAGGCUGAAGAACCCCUUCGAUACUAUUACUGAAGGAAUAGGAAUCAACAGGGUUACUAGAAAUUUCAUGAUGGCGGAACUGGAUGGAGCUUAUCGAGGAACAGAUAGGGAAGCUGUUGAGAUGUCAAGGUUCUUGCUGAGAAAUGAUGGACUAUUUGUUGGGAGUUCUUCAGCCAUGAAUUGCGUUGGAGCUGUAAGAGUUGCUCGAGAUUUGGGUCCAGGGCAUACAAUUGUGACAAUUCUCUGUGACAGUGGGAUGAGGCAUCUAAGCAAGUUCUUCAAUGACCAGUAUUUGGCUGAUCAUGGAUUGACACCAACAGCUACUGGUCUGGAAUUCCUCGAUAAAUGAGCAAAUUUCACAGGAAUUCUCAAAUUGAGCAAUGUUGUCAUGCUUCCUGCGACUGAGAUGAAGCAGUGAACACUGAAUAGCUCACAGCAUGAGAAUAUGCCUACAGUAAGCAAACCCUAAUGGACGAAGGACUGAUGUAUGUUAAAGUACUAAUAGUAGUAUAAUUAGGCAUUGUCAUUUGAUAGGCUUUGGAUAGCCCAGUUUUUUCUUAAUUCUUAUUGUUUCGAUAUAUUUAUUGAGGCUGUAUUCAGUAAAGAAUGCUGCAUUGGGCAUCUUUACUGCAAACAACUGCAAUAUAUACAUUUUUCCUUUUGAAAUGGUUUCAAGGAGCUAUUUCGCCCAGUUUUA